AUGGAGAUUGCCGGUAUUGUCCUAGGAUCUGUUGGGCUAGUAAGUGAUGCUUUAAUAAUGCUGUUGGUUCUAUGAGUUCAUAUACAUGCUAACAAUACAUAGGUAGGUCCAGCUCUUAGUGCUUUCAGGAGAUGCAUCCAGCCCCUAUCCAACUACAGUCGUGUAGACAACCAGUUGGCCAAGAUCUCUCGUAGUAUUAGUAUCCAGCAAUAUAUUUACAAAGAGAGUUGGGCACUAGGGUUGUCACUUAUCAAAAUAGAGGAGAGUAUUGCUACUGUUAUGCUUGAGGACGAAGAUUAUCCAAUGUGGAAAAAUCCUGAUUUCCUGAAACAGUCUACUAAUACUUUAGGCGAAGGAUUUAAUAUUGGUGUACAGCUAAUACUAAUCACUCUUGAAAAGAUUGAAAAAAAUCCUGAGCAGUACCAUGGAUGAAGAAACAAUCAAGCAGUAUUCAUUCAAGCCUUUUGCUACCGAAAACAUACAAACUCAAUCCAGUGGGAUGAGUAGCAGAAUUGAGGUAUGUUAAUUUGUUUAAAUUUUACUCCAAUUAUACUAUAACACCCUAUAUUGUCUCAAAGUUUAAUGCUAAUAAAAUCAGGCUUUAAAAGCAACCAUAUCGACUGAUAUGACCACCAACCCAGUUGUCUGGAGCUUCAGGCGGAAAAAACAACUUGAAAUUCUUGUACAAGAGCUUCGGACUAAGAACAAUGACUUAAAAAACUUGCUUGACCAAAAAAAAGCUACCGAGGAAAUUCGAAAAGAAGAACCUUCCGCUCCGUUAAAACAUAAGUUGGCUCAGUUACUUGCCUUCAGAGAAAGAUCUAUGAUGUUCUCUAAAAGCCUCACAGCAAUGCCCCCCUGUUUGUGUCACUGCAUUAACCUUCAAUUACAGUCAGAUAUUAGCGGAACACCUAAGCCAAUAUCUGACCAAAAACUGUCAGCAUCUAUCUCUCAAAACAAUAACGUUAUUCCAGCUAUUAUUGAAACAAUCCGAUACCUCUUAAUUGUCACUAAUAGAGAUGACAAUAUUGAUAACCCUCAGCCAGCUAAGAAAUCUACAGGAAGAUACUUCACAAUUACUUCUGAACUUAAACCUGAAGAAAGUGAAAAACAGAUGUUACUACUCAAAAACCCAAUGGCAGAGUGGGUGAAAAAGGAUGAGCUACUCCAAAAGCGAAUCUGGUUUGCUGAUAAUCAGGUAAUAGAAACUUCCUCACCUUGGGCUAUUGUUAUCGGUCCAGCAGGGACCGGCGCAGGUGAAGUAGUAGUAUUGGACUUGAGGAGAGAACCGGCAGUUCCAGUUCCCGGAGCCAUGCCAGAUGCAUCAGCCUUACCUAUCAGUAAUCCUGAAAUGCGAGUGGACAGCCUCUGCUCCCUAAUGGGACAACAUGCUCCUAGAAGCUCCACGAAUAACUUUCUUGGUCGGCUUAAAAGCUAUAACCCAACUUGUCGCUACUCAAUUUAUACUAAUCAAGCAGAUGAUUCAGAAAUUACUAUCAAAUCUCUGCCAACUAUUCUUAACCAACUUCUUCCAGAUGACCGCUUCCGGAUCAGCUUCGUUCUUGCCCAGUCACUACUUCAGCUAGGCUCUUAUUCAGGGUCGUUCUUUCCAAAACAGUGGCGAAGUCAUGAUAUUUUAUUUUUUGAAAGAAAUAAUUUUCGCUCCAUGGUAGAUCCUAUUGGUGUACCACAUAUUUUAAUCCCAACUCCCACAAAACUACACCGCGGUGUAGAAACUGUGGAUACUAGGGCCAGAGGUGACAGUAAGCACCUAGAAUCACCAGCAAGAUCAGAACAUCUGUUUAGCCUAUCACUGACCCUUAUAGAAAUCGGAUUUGGAAAGCCAUUCUACCAGAUUGUUUCUGAGUCUAAAAAUUUUCAACGUAAGGAAAUGCAACUUGAAGGCCCUUUUGCUGAAUUCAUGAUAGCAAAGGAUAUCUUAAAAUCGGGGCUUCUGGACAGAAACCUGAGUACUAAGUUUGCCCAAAUUGUAAAGAGAUGUCUCUAUUGUGAUUUCGGGAUCGAUGAUGAUGAUUUCUAUAAGCAUGAGUUACAGGAAGUAUUUUAUCAUAAGGUUGUAGCUCCUCUUGAAGACUGUCUUGUAGAAUUUGUAAAAAAAAAGUGA